GCCCAAACCAAAUCCUAGCCCGUAACCAUUUUUUCUCCCCUUUCAGACUUCAGUCGUCUCGGGAAGUCGGCGAAUUCCAAGAGCUAAUUUUCCCCGGCGACUGGUUCUAAAACCCUAAACCCUCUCCUGACAAAUCGACCCCCAAUCCCUAACCUUCAAAUCCUCAUCCCUCUUCGUCCUCAUCAAUGGCUUCCUUCGGUACCAAAUUGGUUUCCAGGUCAUCCAUAUCCGCCAUUAAAUCUGCCCUCAGAUCCGGCGCUUCAAAAUCCAGAUCAACCAGCUCUCCUUCAUUCUUCUCCAGCGCUUCUUCUGCCACUCCUACCCGCCGCUUCUCCAUCUCCAGGAUUCCCUCUGAGCUGGGAUGCGCGGCGUCUUUGCUGCCGCUGCACAGCGCGGUGGCGACGGCGAGGAUGACGUCAUGCUUGAGCACGGCAUCGAGGAGUUCCCGUGCGCUCUCUCAGGGUACACUCUGCUGCACCUAUCCCGGCCUCUAGUAGCCACAUUGCUAAGAAAAAGCUUUUAUUACUACUACUGCUACUCUCUUUGACUGUGAGUGGCUUUUUUUUGUUGCUUCUCUACAAACCCCUAAAUUGUUUAUAUGUAGUUUCUCUGGAUUCAUUGUUAUUCUAAUUGGAAUGAAGGCAAUGAUAAAUGGCUCUUGUUGAUUACAUGGAUGCUUCACUUUGUACUAAUGUGGCAACUCAAUCCUUGCUGUGGUCAAUAUAGUUGGAAAAUUUGGACUCGAAAUUGAAGUUCUAUUGAUAGAUUAUGAUACUGAACUGUUGUAUUGAUGAUUAAUUGGAUUAGAGCUCAUGGGGGAACUAGAAUUUGAGUUAGGGUGCCUUAUUGAGGAUCAAUCUAAGAUGGGGUUCUUAACUAGCCAGAGGGCGUUUGCAGUCUGACUAAGGGUAUUUGGUUCCUGCAGGCACAUAAUACCAAAAGAAAUAAACUGGGGAUCUGUCAAUUAUGGCCCACUGCAUCAUUAUCAAAUGAUGUUGAUGGGACGUGAGAGAAGUAUCCUGUUUUGGAGGUGGGCGCUUUGACCAACUAUGCAGUUUGUGAUUGAAAAACAAAGUGGAAAACAGUACUGUUUAGACAAGUAUCAGGUAGUUGUCCGUUGAUUCGGCUAAGGCGGAAAAUACUGGACCAUAUCUUGCCUUCAGUUCUUGAUUUUGGUCUAUGAUUGCUAGGAAUAUGGUCUUGAAUAUAAUACACGACUACUUAUUGUCGCCCAUUGUUCAGUACCUAAUUCAAGUAUUUGUUUUUCUCUGCAAUAGAGCUCGGGCUGUCAGUUCCAAGGUGAUUUACGACAAGAAACUCAUGAUAUAGGUCAUUUUGCCUUGUUCUCAGAAGCAAGGCUCGUUCUGUAGAGCUUUUCAUGUCUGUGAAGAGUGGACAGCUUAUAUGUAAAAUGCUUGCCAGCUUCAAACUUUUAGAAGCAGUUCAGAAUUUGUAUUUGAUUCUUUGGUGAUACAAAUUUGAACUGUAUGAAUUGAAUACCCUGGCCGAUCAACUUCUUGCAAAUUUUGACUAUAGGAG